AUGGCGUCCUCUGGGUACCGUACAACUUCUUCUUCCACCCCCUUACCAGCCCUUGGAAGGGGUCCGCCGCCACCGCCGAUCAGGAUCGCGCCAGGCCACGUAGGCACUCCUUCCGGGACAGAUAGAGCACAGCACCAGCACGGCUCAGCGACAUCCAACCAGUCGCCCACCACCCUUUUGUAUGAACUCCCUCCUUCAACGUCCCCACGUCCCCCACCAUUGUUGUCCGCCAAGAAUCGAUCGCGAUCACCUCCUUACCCUUCCUCUCGCGUUGACACUGCUCGCCGAACGAGCCUGGGCACCGUGCUGCAUCCCCGCCAAGACAACAACAAUGCAUCAUUCGACACUCCUAGCCCGGUGUCCAAACUCCAAAAUUCUAAACUUCGCCAGACGUCCUUGAAUGAUUAUUUGGAGCCUAGACAGGAGGACUUGGAUGCAUUCGUUGAUCUUUGUCGGAAAUGGUACUACGAUCAGGAUGACCUUUCCGGAAGAUUGAUGUCCCAGACACUCGCCAACACGGCGCCUGCCCAUCGUGCGACCUAUACUAGGCUUCAAGCUUCACCUGGGAAUUCCCUAACUCUCGCCGCUCGUGCUUCACCAAGCGGCCCGCUGGCAAAGAGAGAAAGACAUGAGAGGGUAGAGAAAUUUAUUCAAUCGCACUGCGUUUCGGGUGUGCCAGGCACCCACCCUUUCUUUGAAGGUCUUUACGGCAUCUUAAGGCUUCAAACUCUCCCAGAAACCCUGGGCGGUGCCGGCGGGAAAAUCAUCCAAUGGGAAAUUGACGACGCUAUAUUCAUUGAAACCGCUGGGAAGGAAUUCACCCACGACGCUGUUGAUAUCCUUAAAGGGGUGCUCGGCUUCAGCGAAUCACUGAAUGAAUCAUCACCCUCAUUGGCAAGUUUUGAUUUGUCGAGGGGUCCACCUAUUCCGGAAGAUGAGAGCGCCACACUCGUUGGCUCUUCGGAGCUUUCCACAUCGCCUGGGACACAUACUGCCAUUGCUUCACGCGGUAGAGCACCUUCCAAUCCUUUUCUCGAUCCAAGCAGAUCAAAUCAAUCCAGCCUUAACGCACAGCUAGACGAGCCAACAUCCCCAACUGGCUUAGACACACCGCUCGUGCCCCCUCCGAUGCCCCCUCAGGCUUCGUCCAUGCGUGCCAGUCCGAGUGGCAUGACUGUGCAGUCCUUCAAUUCAAUCUCUAUGCUAAAUGAUCCUCAGCUCCGUACAUGGACUUUCCCUCCGCUCGAGAAUCCUGAGCUUCACAGCUUUAUGAAACUUUUCCCUAGAUUCAUUGUGCAGCGCAGCACGGGUCGGUUCCCGACGACUAGUAUGAGUGGGCGACAGAAGGGAUCGGAGAGAACGAUGGAGGAAGGUCUAGAAAGAGGAAGGGUGGGCGUUGACAUUAAAGUUGGUACCGGUCAAAUGUGGGUGAGUGCCAUGCCGAGAGAGGAUGGGUGGCAAGGUGGUUUCUGGGACCGGUUCUUGCAGUGGUUCAAGAAUCUUUUUGGGUGA